CAACCGGACGGACAGAUGCCCUCGGACAAAACCAUCGGCGGUGGGGACGAUUCGUUUAAUACGUUUUUCAGCGAAACCGGUGCCGGAAAGCACGUUCCACGGGCGGUUUUUGUUGAUCUGGAACCAACCGUUGUGGAUGAGGUUCGUACCGGAACUUACCGGCAGCUGUUUCAUCCCGAGCAGCUUAUCACCGGCAAGGAGGAUGCCGCCAACAACUACGCAAGGGGACACUACACCAUCGGCAAGGAAAUAGUCGAUAUCGUGCUGGACCGCAUCCGAAAGUUGGCUGACCAAUGCACGGGCUUGCAAGGAUUUCUGGUUUUCCAUUCCUUCGGCGGUGGUACCGGAAGUGGGUUCACCUCGCUGCUGAUGGAACGCUUAUCGGUUGACUAUGGAAAAAAAUCUAAAUUGGAGUUCUCUAUAUAUCCAGCGCCCCAGGUCUCGACUGCCGUUGUGGAACCGUAUAACUCUAUUCUGACCACCCAUACUACCUUGGAACAUUCGGACUGUGCGUUUAUGGUCGACAAUGAGGCCAUCUACGAUAUUUGUCGCCGCAACUUGGACAUCGAGCGGCCCACUUACACCAAUCUGAACCGUCUGAUAGGACAAAUCGUAUCGUCUAUUACUGCGUCACUUCGUUUCGAUGGUGCCCUGAAUGUUGACCUUACGGAGUUCCAAACCAAUCUGGUACCGUAUCCUCGGAUUCAUUUCCCGCUGGCAACAUAUGCGCCGGUCAUUUCCGCCGAAAAAGCCUACCACGAGCAGCUGACCGUUGCCGAAAUUACCAACGCCUGCUUCGAGCCGGCUAAUCAGAUGGUAAAAUGCGACCCCCGCCAUGGAAAAUAUAUGGCCUGCUGUAUGCUUUACCGCGGUGAUGUUGUACCGAAAGAUGUCAACGCUGCCAUAGCAACUAUCAAAACAAAACGUUCCAUUCAGUUCGUCGAUUGGUGUCCGACGGGCUUUAAAGUCGGCAUAAACUAUCAACCGCCAACGGUUGUGCCGGGCGGUGAUCUGGCGAAGGUACAACGGGCCGUCUGCAUGCUAUCGAAUACGACGGCAAUUGCGGAAGCUUGGGCCCGGUUGGAUCAUAAAUUUGAUUUGAUGUACGCGAAGAGAGCAUUUGUCCACUGGUACGUCGGGGAAGGUAUGGAAGAAGGCGAGUUCUCGGAAGCCCGCGAGGAUUUGGCUGCGCUCGAAAAAGAUUACGAGGAAGUUGGUGUGGAUUCAACCGAAGAAGUGGGAGAAGGCGACGAAUAUUAA